UUCACUGCAGUCCAGUCAUUUCCUGACAUGUAAUUUGUGACAGAGGUGUCGUGCGGUUUUGCCGGGGACAUACCCAACGGGAAGUUCCUGUACACGGAUGAAACCUACAUAGGGGAGAAACUUUAUGCUGCUUGUAAUGAAGGAUACACUCUGAAGGGACUGAACUAUAUCGUGUGCAUGAAGGACGGAUGGAGCGGGGAAUUUCCAUCUUGUGAAAAGGUAGGGACCACCUGCAGCCUCCCGGCCGUGGCCAACGCUGUGCUGAAGAGUGAUUCUCAGGUGCACCGUGUGGGAGAAAGACUCAACGUCACCUGUGAGCAGGGUUUCCAGCUGAACGGAGCUAAUCUGCUGAGCUGUGGGCCGAGCGGCGAGUGGCAGCCUCAGCCCCCUCAGUGUCUGCCCGGUCCGGUUAAAACUCCGGUGUCCGCAGUCAUUCCGAGAGAUGGAUGUGGAGCUCCUCUGCCUGUCAGCGGCUCCAACGCCUACCUCUCUAACAAGUACGCCUUGAAGACGUCGUUUUCCUCCGGAGACAAAGUCUACUACAGCUGUAAUGUUGGCUACACUGCAGAGGGAGGCAGGAGGUCUCGUGUGUGUGAGGAUGGGGAUUGGACGCCGCUGACUCUGAAAUGUGAACCAAAAAGUUGUGGCCAUGCAGGAGAGAUCACAAACGGACACUUUGAAUAUUCUGGUGAAGUAGUGGUUGGAGCUGUAGCUACAGCUGUGUGUGAUGACGGGUACAUACUUGUGGGACGAGGCAACAGACGCUGCUUAAACAAUGGCUGGGACGGACGCGUUCCUGUUUGCGAAGCUGUGCAGUGUGAAGAGCCAGAGAAGACGAAUGCAGAGAGGAAAACCUUCGAGGAGCCACCGUACAGAUACAGAAGUGUGAUUCAUUAUGAUUGUCUGGGAACAAUGCUUGUUGGARAACRGGAGAUAUGGUGCACCAAGAACGGGACUUGGAGCAACCCCCCUCCACAUUGCAGAGAUACAACAUGUUCAUCCCCCAAAAUUCCCAACGCCUUCUGGGCCAACGCCCACAUUCAGACGUAUCGCCCGAGGGACACGAUCGAUUCCAUCCAGUGUAAACRAGGCUACAAACUCAGCGGAUCAAAAUACAUUACCUGCAGCAAUGAGGGUCAGUGGAAGCCGCAACUUCCAUCAUGUCAGCUUCAGCCUCAGCGCCAGCCUCAACGCCAGCCUCAGCGCCAACCUCAACGCCAGCCUCAGCGCCAACCUGAACGCCAGCCUCAGCGCCAACCUCAGGGCCAACCUCAGGGCCAGCCUCAGCGCCAACCUCAGGGCCAGCCUCAGCACCAGCCUCGAGUUCAACGCCAACCCUCAUCUUACCGUGUGAGAGUGCAGUACAACACAAGUGGCUAAUCUGCUACCGGUACUUAAAAGUGUGAUCCUGCAAUAUUCAAUCCAACCUGCAUAAACUCCUCCACAACAAUUAGCUGAGGAUGAACCAAAUCAUUUGAGCUAAGCAUGGCUACAUCAUUCAGUUUAAAAUCAACCUUUAUUAAUGCACUAUGAUAUAUUUUUGCUCCAGUUACUUUGUAUGUCAUUGUUAUAAUAUAAAGACAUUAAAAAUGUUGAAAAUGAAGCUGAAGUACAGUAUAUUUAUUUCUGAUAAGUGUCUCGGGCAGUAACAAAUACAGAAUAGUUCCUCUGUACAUAAGCUGUUUUUUUAUUGUUGUUUUUUCCCCUCCGUUUCCCAUGUUUUUACAGUUGAUAAUGUGUAUCAUCUUUAUCGACUAAAACGGUGGGUGAGCAUUGCAUGAACAAACAA